AUGUACAUGUGCUCGUACGCAUUCUCAGACAGAGCAACGGAAAAGCAUCCCCAGAUUGAUGUGCUAAAUCAGGAUGCAGGGAAUCUAUACUUCUACUCAUGGCAGCGAACUCUUCUGCACAUCUUUCUGGUCGGACAGCUAUGCUGCCUCUUGUUUCUCACGCUUUACUGCUUCUCUCGGAGUUCGCUGGUUCAACGAGUGGCGUGCAUUCUAUCCACGGCGUUCAUUGCUCUUGCCGCUGUACUAUGUGGAGCUGGUGCAGUCGCUUUUGCCGUCUAUUCGCAAAUGGUCGAGUAUCGUUUCUACCAGGUCUCUGUUAGCGGAAUAUACGAGAAGCAUCAUGGAUACUCAUUCUACAUCGCUGUUACUGGAGUUGUGUUUUACUUGAUUUCACUGUGUUUCUCCGUCUUCUAUACAAUUUACGUAAUUCGUGAAUCUGGGUUGAGCUAUGGCAAUGUUGAUCAAGGGCGAGAG